AUGGAUCCCGAGGGCUUCAGAUCUCAGUUCUCAUCCCCGAGAUUCCUAGAAGAUCCGCUCUCAAAUUUAUUUGAUUAUGGAACGCCGGUUCAAGAAAUCCAGAAUAAACACGAAACGACAACUCAGAGCCACGAGUCUAGAGGCGGUAUUAGGGUCUCGUUAGCAUGUGUACCGUGUCGAAGUCGUCAUGUCAAAUGCGGAGCAGAAAUGCCUUCAUGCAGUCGUUGUCAGCAAGACGACAAGCCGUGCUUUUAUGCAAAGUCAAGAAGAGGCAUGAGAGACAAGAAUGCUACCAGAAUAAAACACUCGACAAAAGAGCAUAUUAGAGAUCGUUAUAAGGUAAACGAUCAAGCAGGAUAUUCUACUUCAGCAAGGAGUCAUGCUGGGAACUCAUCUGGUGAAUCGUGGGCUGGUGCAACUUCUGAUACAUCGCCGAGCCCCAGUAGCUCUUCAUCCAGAUUGAACAGUAUUAAGUCAAUGGACUCAAAAAGGCUGACUGAUCUUUACUACAAUUUUUUUCACAAAGCCCACCCAUAUAUUGUGCCAAAAUCUCAUCUUCUGAGCAGGCUGGAAUCCGACCCAGACUCUUUGAACAACCUCAUUUUAGUAAUGCAAUAUAUUGGAUCGCUAUAUGCACCUUAUUUUCCAUCCGCAGAUUUCAGGGCUAUAGCUGUUAACCAAUUAGAUCUAGUCAAUCUACCACAAACUGGCUUUAGCGUUCAAACUUUACUUCUACUUGCCAUUGCCGUCCAUGCCGAAGACGAAAGACAACAAGCACGUGCUAUUUUGGAUAGAAGCAUCUGCAUGGCUUUACAGCUCGGUAUGAAUCAUCGAGCUUUUGCUGAAAUGGAAAGAGAUCCGGUGUUAUCUGAGAGCUGGAGGAGGACCUUUUGGGGAUUGUACGUUCUUGAUGGAGUGUUCUCUGGCAUUGCUUGUGCAUCUAGUUUUAUCUUAUCCGCAAUUGAAACACAAGUAGAUCUGCCUUGUGAGGACUACGAAUAUGAGAGCGGACGUAUUCCGCGACCUCGCACUCUCUCAGAUUAUGACUCUCGUGAUUUUGAAGACGAGAUCCCAGUCUUCUCCUCUUUUACAUAUCUCAUUGACCUUGUUCGCAUCAUUGGUACAAUUCUCAGCAUCAAUGAUAUCACCGGCAAAAAUCUAGAGCCUGCUGUUACAAAUGCCGAUGCAAUGCUUGUGAAUUGGAAACUUCAUUUACCGGUGGAGAAACAAGGGGUAGUGGAUAAGCAUGAGGAAGUCGACGAGCUGUUAUUUCAGGCACAAAAUUUACUACAAACACUUUUAGUAGUUAUCCACCGUCCACUAUCUCGCCUCUAUCACUCACCAUUAGAGAAGACCUCCAGCUGCGCACCACCACCACCCACCUCUCCACCAACCGGCAACGAAGACCUGACCCGCUGGCUCCACACAAAGAAAACCGUCGAGGCAGCUCAAACGGCUAUGAAUCUCUAUGCACUUCCUAGUCCAAUGUUAUUGCACACGCCUCUCGGUAUUUGUGGGAUCACAAAAGCAACGCUAGCAAAUCUUAGUGCUUGUGCUUACGUAUAUAAUAAUAGAGGAGAUGAUAGGGAAAGAGGAGGGAAUUUCGAAAGAUCGGAUGAGUGGAAGAUGGCUAGGGAUAGGAUUAGAUUGGGUUUGGGCGCUACGAAGGUGUUGGCGGGGGUUUGGGAGGGUGCGAGGGGGACAGAAAGAGAAUUGAAGAUUAUUGCUAGAGGCGUCUUUGCGAAUAGUGCAGCGAGAGAAGAGGGUAGGAAGACGAUAUCGGGGCCGGUUGGGGUGAGAGAGAAAGGCGGCAAUGGAGGAUAUGUGGGGAUGGAAACGAGAAUGGAGUUUGAGGAGAUUGGUCGAGAAAAUGGAAAUACAAUGAGUGAUGGCUUUGAGGAGGCUUUUAGAGUGGGGGAGUUGGAGUAUUUGGGAAUCCUAGAUGGUUUAGCUGUGGGGAUGAAUGUCAGGAUGGUAGGGAGUGGUGGAGCUUCGAAUGGUUGUUUAAGGAAGAGAAGAAUCGUUGAAGUUAACGCUAGUAGAAAGGGGUAA